AUGGGAAACAGCAGAGAAACGAAUACCAGACACUCCGGCACGCAACUGCGUCUCUCAGACUUCGGCAACAGCAAUACGAUCGCCAGAGCACAGCUGUCUGCCGCAGGGAACGCAAACGCACGGCCAACAACACCCUCUACACCAUGUGCAACACCCUAUACAGCAUCCUGUGCAACAACACAUGCAACACUCUAUGCAACCACAACAACACCACCCUAUGCAACAACACAUGCAACACUCUAUGCAACCCCAACAACACCACCCCAUGCAGCAUAUGCACCAGCAGCAAAAGCAGCAGCAUGCUCGGGAAGACUCCCCUCUGCGAGCCUUGCUGCAGCGUCUGCUGCUGCUGCAGCGUCUGCUGCUGCUGCAGCGUCUGCUGCUGCUGCAGCAUCUGCUGCUGAGACGUUCUUCCGGAAGGAGGAGCAGAAUGAGACUGCUUCUUGUGGCGGGCAUACCUUGCAAGAGUCGCAGCUUUGUCGUGCUGCUUCAGCAGAAGGAGGCGGUGCAUUGGAAGAAGGCCGCGUCUCUGUGUGGGAGCUCCUUGAGAGGUGGGCGAGCGACAGCGAUGAUGAAGAGUUUGUGCUGCACUCCCCCGAUUCGAGGAGUCGUUCCUCGAGACCACACUCCUCCUCGGAUACCACUCGCUGUUGUCGUCGCAGCAGAGCAGCAGCAGCAGCAGCAGCAGGCCUGGCAGCAGCAGCAGCAGCAGCAGCAGCAGCAGCAGCAGCAGCAAACAGCAGCAGCAGUAGUAAUAGCAGCAGCAGUAGUAACAGCAGCAGCAGUAAUAGAUGCAUCAGGACGUGUUGCUUGGACGACCUGCGUAAUCCUUUGGCGCGAUGGCGUCUGUCUCUAGCGCGGCCGUUUACUGCAGAAGAAGAUGCCUUGCUGUUGCGACACCGCUGCAGCAACGGAGGCAGCGGCAGCAGUGCAGCAGGCUGUACCUGCAGCGUUGAGGCUAUUCUGCUGUACGCGCUGCAACAAGGCCUUGACAGAGAUGUGACUUCGCUGCAAAAGCGGCUCAAGCGUCUCCGCAGAGAGAUUUCUUUGCGCGCAAGUGCUGCAAGUGCUGCAAGUGCUGCCAGUGCUGCUGCUCUACCCGGGGGGAAGGCAGACUUUACGAGAAGACCACUGCAGCGGCUCGAAGGGUGCUUGCCACCCCUCACCUCGGAGGAAAAGACUGAUCCGCAGCAACACACGGCCUGCAUCAAGGGCGUUAAAGGCACUGCUUGCAGCAGCAGUACACCCCGUGGAACAUCCAUGGAGCUCGAAAAGCAGCACGAGGAAGGCCGCAUUCUCGUGGAGUUGACAGAGGACGAUGAAGAAGGCGGGCAUCUCGAGCAGGAGCAGCAGAAACAAAGCGUCCAUCCAGAAGCAAAGCACACGCAGCCUCAGGAUUGCACGUUCAUUCGGUGUCUGUCGUUAGGAGACUCCUGUCUCACUCCCGAGACUGCUGGAUCCGCAGAGUUUACGGCCUCUGCAGAUCCAGCAGCAGCUCAGGGGGAGAGAGAAGACAGCGGGGAUGACGGCCUUGUUGACAUAUGGGGAAUUCUGCAAUCCGAAGCCGCUCAGGUGCAACAGCACGUGCAGCAAGAGGAGCAGCAGGAGCAGCAGCGGCAGCGCAGAGUUUGCGUUCCCUUCUUCGCAGAUGUUACCUCCAUUGCCGAAGGUCUCGAUGAAAUGCCAUACGACUUUCUUGAAGGCAACAUCAACUGCCAGCUGCCAGCUGCAAUGGUAAAGCGCGAGCUGAAUUCUUUGUUGCGGGAAAUAAGCAGCAAACGGCGGGUCGACUCGUCUUGCCUUUCGCAUGCCGCUGAAGAGGAGCACUACUGGCGAGGCGAUGCGCAGCUGCAGCAGCAGCAGGAGGUGCAGCAGCGGCAACAGCAUCCAGAGCGGCAAGAAAGCCGGGAGCAGCAGCUGCAAGGGCUGCAUCCUGAUGAUUCAGGCACAUGUCGCAGCGUAGAAAGCAACAAUAUGGAUUCUUUAGUCCAGCGUCUACUAUCCUGCACGAAAGAUCUGCAGGAGCAGGAAGAUGAUCACCCAAAGCAAGCCAGCAAGGCUGGCGAUGCAGCUAGAACAGGGCAUACAACUGCGGAAAUUGUUUCUGACGAGGCUGAUUGCCGAGAGCAUCUCGAAGGGGUGUGCAUUCUUGCGCCAACUAUUGAGCAGCAGCAGCAGCAGCAGGAGUUGCACCUGCAGCAGCAGCACCUGCAGCAGCAGCGGGCUUCGGAGCUGCUGGUAGAACUGUGGGGCUGCAUGCAACCCCAUGCAGCCACGCCAACGGCUAGCGAGAAGCAGGAGCUUCUGCUUCAGGUGCAACAACUUUUCUUCGGAAUUGUCUGUAACCGGCAGCAGCAACAGCAGCAACAGCAGCAGCAGCAGCAGCAGGGUGUGGAGAAGCCGGAAGAUGAACUGACGCUGCAGCCUCAGCAAGAACGGCAACACCUGCAGCAACAAGUAUAUGCGCAGCAGCAACAAGUACAUGCGCAGCUGCAGCAGCAGAAGCAGCAGGAGCAGCAGCAGCAGCAACCCCCACACCCGGAAAGUCUGCUGCUGUCUCCGUCUAAACCCCCUGAGGGGUCUACAGGGGCCUCUUUAAAGGAGCCUCCGCGCUACGCAGGCUGUGGAGCUCUGCAGCCACAGCCAAUCCACGGGCUAAUUGAAUAG